CGUCUUCCAUGGAUGAUAGAUAGUUGAUUGAACUGCUCAAGAAAUAAGCUGAGAAAUCUUCACGCAAUUCCUCAUGCCUUCCCUUCAUUUCUCCAUCUCCGAUUGCGUUUCUUCAACGCCAAUUCUCUUCCCCCAUUCUUGUUUUACCGUCCAAUCUGUGUCACAUAUAUGUAUCUCCAGUUCUAGAAUCGGUCGAUUGCAGCAGCUACUUUCAACCUCAGACAAAGGAUACCCACUCGUCAUCUCUUGUCUCAAACCAAACGAAUUAAAAAAUAGACGACCCAGAUUCGGAAAUCAUUGGAAGGAGCCAGAAAAACAGAACCAAAAUGAUUUUUUCGUCCAACGGAGUGAGCGGCAGAUUGAGCUCAAAUCGGGUCGCAGCGAUGCAGAUUCUGAUUUCUUCGACCUUCGCGAGGAGACUGGCGUGGAGAAAUUGAAAGAUAGCGAUGAGAGGAUAAGACAGAAGAAGGAGAUCAAUAAUAAAGGGAACAUCAGAAGACAAUUGAUGAAUAGAUCCAAAAUGUUAGCGAAACAAGUUAUCAGCUCAAGAUCUGCUCUCAGUUUGGGCUUCAUCUCCCAAUUAUGGGUGGAUACAAAUUCUUGGCUGGUGGUGGUUAUAGAGGUUCGUCCAAGCCUUCUUUCUGGGGAAUCAGAAAGAUUUCUUCUUGAUGAUGUUAGUCAGGUAGGUGAUGUUGUGCUCGUUCCAGAUGAGAGCGUGAUGGAAAAUGAAAUGAAAAUGAUUGGACUGGAGACGUUGGUAGGAUAUGAUGUGGUAACCGAAGGUCAACGAAAUAUGGGAAAGGUGCGUGGUUAUACCUUUGACAUCAACACUGGAGCUAUAGAGUCUCUAGAACUUGAUUCCUUUGGAAUAUCUAUCAUCCCCUCAACUUUGGUAAGCACCUAUUCUUUGUUUGUGGAGGAUGUGGUUGAAGUUGAACCCGACAUGGUUGUGGUUCAUGAAUCAGCAGCUUCACGCAUACAAAGGCUCACCAAGGGUUUAUGGGACACUCAUCUGAUGGGAAACUCGAUUAAUGACCCAAUAAAAGAUUCCGAUAUAGAAAGUACGACAGAACUUGAUCAAAAAAGAAACCGAAAGCCAACAAAGUUGAGGAAGAAAUGGAUCGAUGCAUUGGAUGGUUUGGAACUUCCUAUGGACUUUUUGUGAUUGGAGAAAUGAACCCCAUAUAUAUUUUACAUAGCUCAGUCUCUUUCUUUUUACAAGCAUAUAUAUAAAAUUAAAAUUUAGUUUA